AUGCUCCCCAAGAGCUUGAUCGGAGUCGCAGGACUCGCCGCCCUCGAGGAGGGCACCAUACACUCGGCCCCAUUGCUCCGCGGCAUCAAGAAGAAACAGUGGACAUUCCCAAACUCAAGGGCUCGCGCAUACCGCCUGCCCUCCGGCGCAUCCGUCAUCGCCCUCGAGUUCAACCCCACUCCCUUGGACUUCUCCCUCGCGACCGUCAGACAGGCAUUCAAGGACCUCCUCCGAUACAUGGGCACGCUCGACAGGGACCAGACACUCAUCCUCACGGGAUGGGAGUUCGCAGCAGUCCUCGCACAGCUCCUCGCUCUCUUCGUCCCCAGGCACCCGGGAUUCGAGCUCAUCGCCUUCGGGAAACCAUGCCCAGGGAACAGGAGUUUCGCCCGCUGGUACAACAGCAUGCUCCCCUUCCAGUUCUCCUUCCACGCACAGGGUGACUCCCUCGGCCAAUACUGCAGAGACCUCGUCCCAAGGUCGGACCCCGACUCCCUCUGGGAGGAUAAGCCCCACGUAUUCCUCGACAACGCGGAGCAGAUCUUCCCCGCCGCAGGCGACGACCUCACCCACCACGACAGGAACUACUACAGGCGAUGCUGCUACAGCCUCCACAGGUGCAGGAGCACAGUCCCCCCCCGCGAGCCCUCCCUCCUCAAGCGCUCGGCCUCCAGGAUCCUCAAGCGAUUCUUCCGCGGCGUGGUCGCAGACAGGGGGCUCAUCGCGAACGCGCGGAGGUUCAAGGCCUCCGGCAUCAUGGACCCCUCCUCAUCGCUCACCGACGACCAGAUCGUCACAAGGCUCCGCCAGCAGCCGCUCAUCGACUGCGCAAGGAGGCUCUUCAUCGCGCUCCAAUACAUCAUCAGAGCGGCCCAGGUCAAGUGCGGGCCCGACGCGGCCCAGGUCAAGUGCGAGCCCGACGCGGCCCAGGUCAAGUGCGGGCCCGACGCGGCCCAGGUCAAGUGCGAGCCCGACGCGGCCCAGGUCAAGUGCGGGCCCGACGCGGCCCAGGUCAAGUGCGGGCCCGACGCGGCCCAGGUCAAGUGCGAGCCCGACGCGGCCCAGGUCAAGUGCGGGCCCGACGGGGACAGGGCGGCGAAGCGCCCAAGGCAGCACGAUCGGCAGCAGCGGCAGCAGGACCAGGACACCCAGGAGCCGUGGAACAUCAGGGUCGUCCUCUCCAUCACCCUCAUACACCUCAACCCCAACGUCUGCUUCGAAUACAUCCAGAGGCACCAGACACAGCCCCAGCAGGAGCUCAGGAACUCCGCGGCGGAGGCCUUCCUCGCUCUCCAGGACUUCAUCUCCGAGGCAACCGCCCCAGGUUACAUCCUCGACGCGCACGGGCUCCUCCGCCACGCCAGGCUGCCCGCCAAGAUCAACGCGUACAUCCGCGCGUUCAAGAGGUGGAAGGUCCCCGACGAGCAGAAGAUCACCGCGAGGAUACAGCACUCCCUCCUCGGGAUAUACAGCGCGGAACUCCGCAUCCCCAGGGGCCACCCCGACUUCCAGGCGCAGCAGCUCGAGUUCGCCCUCCAGAAGACCAAGCUCUGGGAGAAAUACGCUCAGCUCAACUCCCCAGAGGGCGCACUCCAGCUCCAGGAGUCCCUCCGCAAAGAUGGCUUCGUCGUCGACCUCCAGCAGGACGCGGACAUCGUCGCGGGCGCACGGAUGACCACCCCCGCAGAGGAGGCGACCAUCCGCCCGCCAAGGCUCACCGACACCCAGAUGUCCAACGAGCAGAUCGCAUACGAGCUCUUCCUCGACCCCGCAUUCAAGAUCCCGGACUCCCACGACCCAAACGCAAGGGACGUGCACUCCACGGUCAGGGUCGCCUUCAGAAACGCCUUCUGGGAAAGCCUCGCCGUCGACCUCCAAAUGAACCCCCCGGUCUACGCAAGAGUCGUGAACGUCUUCGCGGAGAUCGUCCAAGGCUACCUCGAGAUCCGCCCUUCCGACACGGCCCUCGUCCGCCAGAACGUCAACCUCCCAUACAUAACAGCACAGAUCGAGGCCGCCACAUUCCAGUGGCAGGACAUCAUCGCAUACCUCCAGUUCAUAUUCUCAAACCUCCUCAAGAUCGAGCCGACCGUCCUCCGACAGGAGGGGUCGCAGUGGCAGGACAUCGUGCACGGCUUCGGGGGCUCCCAGGCUCGGGAUCAGCCAGGGAUCGCCACAAGGGCACUCAGGCUCAUGCUCGACUCCCUCCAGAAGCUCAGGCUCCACAUCGCAAACUCCAGGCUCUCGAGGAUCGCCCACGUCAUCGCCGCCCACGGGGUCGAGUACCUCAAGGCACACCACAAGAAGUUCGCCGCCGCAAACCCCGAGAGGAUCGCACAGGACAGGGCCUGGCUCCUAUCCGCCGCAAGCAGGCUGCCCGCCAUCGACACCCAGGCGCUCAGGGAUGGCUCCCCGCAGCAUUCUCCGCCGUGCUCAACCACGCAAUACUCUCCGUCGUCGCCUCCGACCAGCACCUCGACCUUCCAGCUACACUUCCUCAUGGACAGGAUCGCAGUCGCAGCGGUCGCGCUCGCGGACUUCAAGCUCUCCAGGGCAAGGGAUGUCUCCCCCCAGCAGAGAUCCCAGGCGGUCAUCGCCGUCGCCGACACCCUCAACACACUCGACAUCGCCCAGAGGAUCGACAUACACUCCGUGUGGAUCAUCACCCUCCAGGCCCUCCUCCCAACCGUCCUCCAACACCUCCAGAACACCCUCCCAAAAAACGCCAUCCAGCUGCUCCAAGACCCCCAGGAACCGGGCUCCCUCGAGGCGUUCUUCCAGAUCCCAGAGGCAUUCUGGAACGUGACACAGGACGCCGUAUACAACAGGUGGCUCGAGAUCAUCGCCCACGAGAAGAAGCCCCCAGCCGUCAUCCCCGCUGCCCUCAAGAUGCCAACAAGGCCGGUUUACCCCCGCAUACUCCGCAACGCCCGCGCACUGUGGAGCGUCGUCGACGCAAAGCGCAAGAUACACGCAUCGGACGUCAACGAAGCGCUCGCAAACGCAUCCCCGCAGUGA